AAUGCUGUUUCUCUGCCGCGAUGCAAACUAAAAAUCCCAAUGUCCCAAAAUUGAGCGCCUCCGGAAAAUUCUCGAGUAUAUUUGUGACAUGUAUUGUAACGGGAAACGAGAAUGGCGAGGUCGAUGUGCAUGCAUAUCAGGUUUCUAGUACUUGUAAGGCGAUGGUAGCUGCCGACAUUAUGUUCCUGAAGUAUUUUACAAGUACAAAAAUGAAUAUGGUGUGUAUGUACAAGAGAGCGCAAAGCCUUGUUUCUGGUCAAAUAUUUGCUAUUAAAU